AUGUUGCUGAAAAAGACGACGAUCGAGGAACAAUGGGAACAAAAUGGCGCUUUCGAGUUGAUCUCUGUGGAACAGGAAACGUAUGAGAAAUAUUUCUUUGGCUGCGAACAUUGGAAUUACUUUACCAGCGAUGAAGAUUUGGGUCCGGUGAUAUUGUCCAUUAAACAGGAGACCCUAAAUGGACGUGAUCAGUUUAGAAUAUUAGUGCGAGCCGGUUCCUAUACAGUACAUGGUCUAAUACCCGCCUCUUGUGUAUUUGCUGAUAGAUAUAACCGCGAGGAAGUGGUUAGAUCUUUGGGCAAAGAAGUUAAUUUAAAUCCUCCCCUGACAUUGGGUCAAUUGCCUGAUACUCCUGAGGAGCUGCUGAAAUUAGAUCAAGUUUUUAUUAAAUCUGAACUAAAAGUUGGUGUUAUAUAUGUUAAAGAGGAUCAAUAUACGGAAGAGCAAAUUUUAGACAAUAAUGAAAAUUCUCUGCUCUUCGAUGAGUUCUUAACCCUUUUGGGAGAUCGUGUACGAUUAAAGGGUUUCGAUAAAUACAAAGGUGGCCUUGAUACAGUACAUGACUUGACCGGUCUGUACUCUGUUUAUACAAAUUGGCGUAAUAUUGAGAUAAUGUUUCAUGUCUCAACAUUAUUGCCUUACGAACGUCAUGAUCCUCAAAAGCUUCAACGGAAACGUCAUAUUGGCAAUGAUAUUGUUUGUGUGGUGUUUCUGGAAGCCGAUAAUACCCGCUUUAGUCCUGCCUGCAUAAAAAGUCAUUUUCUGCAUACGUUUAUAUUGGUGCGAGUCUCUGCCCGAAUAAAACACAAACCUACCCGCUAUGAAGUGUCAGUAGUGACACGAGACGAAGUGGGUGCCUACAAACCCUAUUUGUGGGAACAAUCGGUAUUCGAAAAGGGACCCAUGUUUAGAGAAUGGCUUUUAACGAAAAUUGUCAAUGGCGAACGUGCCUCAUAUUCGGCACCAAAAUUUGCCCGCAUGCAGGAACGUACCCGCUCACAAAUGCUCGAGGAUUUGGUAAUGAAUUUAUCAAAUCAUGCUGAGACUGGCCAAAUACCAAAACCCUAUCGACGCGGCUCAUGGCGACCAAUUGGUGAGGAAGAAUAUAGAAAAAUGUUGCAUGCAAGAGUUUUAGCCAAUAAUGCGCCAAUCACACCUCUCUCGUCAUCGAUGGACGUUGAUGUGUGCUGUGUGCUACUGUGUGUUAAGCAUAGUAUGUAGUUUCUUUUGGGAGUGAGACACACUUUUUUCGCUCUCUCUACUUCUUCUACUCUCUAUAACUACUACUUUCG